CCAAGAAAUAACCCAUGUGGAUGCUAAGAAACUCCAAGUCUUAGCUCCUGAAACAGCCGCCCUCUUCAAUUUAGAAUCACCGUGCCCUCACGCAGUGUCUAAAUUGCUCGCGAGAGUUUGUCCUAGCUGCAUCCUGAGGCUAAGGCGGGAAACGCGAGCAGAAAUGAGCCGCGAGAUUCGGCCGGAUCACAGCUCCCCAGACCCCGCCCUCCUCCAGGCUCGGAGCCCCGAGAGCUACACGUGCAGUUGUUUUGGUCUGACGUCACGGGAUCCCGGAAGUCAGCCAAGACAAGCCCCGCCUCCAACAUGGCUGCGCGCAGAACAUGGGGCCGUGACUCGCCUCUGCUCAGUCUCGAGUUAUAGCGUUAACCUGCUUUGCGGAGCGAUGGACCCGCCGGGGUUCACAGCGUCACUGGUGGCCGGUGGGGUAGCAGGUGCUUCUGUUGACUUGAUAUUAUUUCCUCUGGAUACCAUUAAAACCAGACUGCAGAGUCCCCAAGGCUUUAAUAAGGCUGGUGGUUUUCGUGGAAUAUAUGCUGGUGUUCCUUCUGCUGCUAUUGGAUCCUUUCCUAAUGCUGCUGCCUUUUUUAUCACCUAUGAAUAUGUGAAAUGGUUGGUGCACUCUGAGUCAUCAUCCUACCUGACACCUGUAAAGCAUAUGCUGGCUGCCUCUGCUGGAGAAGUGGUAGCCUGUCUGAUUCGAGUUCCUUCUGAAGUUGUUAAACAGAGGGCACAGGUAUCUGCUUCUACCAGAACAUUUAAGAUUUUCUCCAACAUCUUACGUGAAGAGGGCAUCCAAGGAUUAUAUCGAGGUUACAAAAGCACAGUUUUAAGAGAGAUUCCUUUCUCUCUGGUCCAGUUUCCCUUGUGGGAGUCCUUAAAAGCUCUCUGGUCCUGGAGGCAGGAUCAUGUGGUGGAUUCUUGGCAGUCAGCAGUCUGUGGAGCUUUUGCAGGUGGAUGUGCAGCCGCAGUCACCACCCCCCUGGACGUGGCAAAGACAAGAAUUAUGUUGGCAAAGGCCGGCUCCAGCACUGCCAGGGGGAAUGUGCUGUCUGCCUUGCACGGGGUCUGGCGGUCCCAGGGCUUGGCAGGGUUAUUUGCAGGUGUCCUGCCUCGCAUGACAGCCAUCAGUCUGGGCGGCUUCAUCUUCCUGGGGGCUUACGACCAGACCCGCAGCCUGCUGGGGGGAGUUGGCAGGCAAAGUCCCUGAAGCAGAGCCGCCCGACACCACUCCUGUGACGAGGAGCCCCAGGCCGGAGCCCCUCCUAGUGAGCAGCCGCUGGCCUGGCCACCUGAGCACCCCGCCCAGUGCUCAAGGCCCCUGUGCCGCCUUGAAUGGUUUCCUCAGGACCCCUAAUAAAUAAGCUUGCCGAUGCUGAGGCCCA